CUGACGGAUCCUGUCCUAACGGGUGUGCCAGUGGUUGGGAAGGGGAGUAUUGUCAGAGGGGCAAUGUUGUUGCUGGAAAGAAUUCAACACAGAGCUCGACGAAUGAUACCUAUUCCUCCUCUUUGGCCCAUGAUGGAAUCAGAAAUCAAGCCUUUUCCAGCUGCAGUCAUACAAACACGGAAGACCAACCUUGGUGGAUGGUGGAUCUGGGUAGGAAGUAUGUCCUCUUCACUGUGAAGAUAUGGAACAGUAAAGAGGGAGAUGUUAGAGAGUGUAAGACAACCCAGGAAGGCAAAGAAUACAGGGGAACCAUGAGCACAACGAGGAAGGGUUUCACUUGUGACGAUUGGUUCAAUCCGUAUCCACUAUUCCGUCGUUAUCAUAAGCCAGCCAACUCCUUUAAUUACUGCCGUAGCCCAGAAGAAACGGACAAGGAACCAUGGUGUUAUACAACAGAAAGAACCUACAACAACCGCUUUGAUUACUGUGACGUUCCAAUGUGUCAAGCAAAACUUAAGAACUUUAAAAUCUCGAUGGAUAAUAAUCUCUGUCAUAACUACACUGGUAUGGUAAAUUUUGGUGAGGCACCAGACAUUCGAUGUGACACCCCCGUCGUCGGACAAUACCUGAAGAUCACCCUCAUGGACUCGUCGACAGUCCUCACCCUAUGUAAAGUGAGCGUGCAGGCUUUCCUCUAUAAAGAAUGCAAAAACAAGCGCUAUGGUCCUAACUGUAACAACCCAUGCCAGUGUGACAAUGAUGCUGAGUGCGACGACACGACAGGAAAGUGUCCAAAUGGAAUUUGUAACAAUCAUUUCACCGGACCUUAUUGCAAUAUAGGAAUACCAACAUUUUCAAAGGAUGGUGCUUCCACCCCUAAUUCCAUCCGCGUCAAAUGGACACACGUACAUCAUGACAGUGCCUGUGAUGCCGCGAAAGUUACGCAGCUGGAUCUGAUUUACAAUUCCAAGUCUGUCUACCAUUUAGACUACCCAAAGCCUGGAAUGAUAAAGUUUAAUGUGACUGGUCUCAAGCCAUCGACAAACUACAGCUUCUUUGUUCAGUUAAAAUGGUUUACGAUUCCCUCGAAUAUUGUGGAGUGGAAUCGCCCAACUGCAACCUUUCCAACCGCGUCGUGUGAAGGCUACAUGGUGAUGCCGGUGAUAACAGUGACAUCGAAUGCGGUAGACACGGGGUCAGUCAGACCGAACAGAGUGUCUCUUGUGAUAAACUCACAGGUUCCAGGCAUGAUAUCCGACUGCUUCAAGCGAUUGGAUGUCCAAGCAAAGAAAACCAGUGGAUCACGUUAUAAGAAAUUAACCAAAGCGGGACAAACUUAUACAAAGAAUUACCUCACAGCAUUCACAGAGUAUACCAUCAUAGCAACAGUGCAUAGUCCCGAUCAAAAACAGAAAGCCAACUAUCUGAAGAUAAAAACGCCAGAAGAUGCCCCAGGGCCACCAAACUCGCUUCUCACGCAAGAAAAAACAACCAACAGCUUAGUCCUCGUGUGGAUCAAACCGCGAUAUCCCAACGGGAUCCUGAAGGACUACAAGGUGAUUUGUACUCCCUUGUUUUCCAAUAAUGAAGAUGUCAACAGAGACUUGAUGUCUUACGCGAAGGUGUCAAACUCUGACCCAGAUACGAAGAGGCUGAAGGUUACUGGCCUCACUCCAGCCACCAAGUACAACUGCAGUGUUGCUGCACAGACAUCCAAGGGAUAUGGACCAAGCGUUUACCUGACGAGCUCGACCGAGCAAGGAGUCCCUGGGCCACCAAACUCGCUUCUCGCGCAAGAACAUACAACCAACAGCUUAGUCCUCGUGUGGACCAAACCACGAUAUCCCAACGGGAUCCUGAAAGAAUACAAGGUGAUUUGUACUCCCUUGUUUUCCUAUAAUGAAGAUGUCAACAGAGACUUGAUGUCUUACGCGAAGGAGUCAAACUCUGGCCCAGGUACGAAGAGGCUGAAGGUUACUGGCCUCACACCAGCCACCGAGUACAACUGUAGUGUUGCUGCACAGACAUCCAAGGGAUAUGGACCAAGUGUUUGGCAGAGGAGCUGGACCGAGCAAGGAGUCCCUGGGCCACCAAACUCCUUUCUCGUGCAAGAAAAAACAACCAACAGCUUAGUUCUUGUGUGGACCAAACCACAAUAUCCCAACGGGAUCCUGAAAGACUACAAGGUGACUUGUACUCCCUUGUUUACCAAUAAUGAAGAUGUCAACAGAGACUUGAUGUCUUACGCGAAGGUGUCAAACUCUGGCCCAGGUACGAAGAGGCUGAAGGUUACUGGUCUCACACCAGCCACCGAGUACAACUGUAGUGUUGCUGCACAGACAUCCAAGGGAUAUGGACCAAGCGUUUGGCAGAGGAGCUGGACCGGGCAAGGAGUCCCUGGGCCACCAAACUCGCUUCUAGCGCAAGAACAUACAACCAACAGCUUAGUCCUCGUGUGGACCAAACCACGUUAUCCCAACGGGAGCCUGGAGGACUACAAGGUGAUUUGUACUCCCUUGUUUUCCAAUAAUGAAGAUGUCAACAGAGACUUGAUGUCUUACGCGAAGGUGUCACACUCUGACCCAGAUACGAAAAGGCUGAAGGUUACUGGCCUCACACCAGCCACCGAGUACAACUGUAGUGUUGCUGCACAGACAUCCAAGGGAUAUGGACCAAGCGUUUACCGGACGAGUUGGACCGAGCAAGGAGUCCCUGGGCCACCAAACACGCUUCUCGCGCAAGAACAUACGACCAACAGCUUAGUCCUCGAGUGGACCAAACCAAAGAAUCCCAACGGGAAUUUGACUAACUACAAGGUGAUUUGUACUCCCUUGUUUUCUUACAAUGAAGAUGUCAACAGAAACAGGACGUCUUACGCGAAUGUGUCAAACUCUGACCCAGGUACGAAGAGGCUGAAGGUUACUGGCCUCACACCAGCCACCGAGUACAACUGUAGUGUUGCUGCACAGACAUCCAAGGGAUAUGGACCAAGUGUUUGGCUUAGGAACUGGACCAAGCCAGAAGACAUCCAAGGGAUAUGGACCAAGCGUUUGGCAGAGGAGCUGGACUAA